AUGACAGGGCGAGGUACUCUCCCCUCUUCAUCUGCGAAUGACGGUUCUCCGGAUUCAAACCGCGGCGACAACGGUAAACAAUGCGGCGGUCUCACUAGGCAACGGUCUUCUGCAUCUUUGUUGACCAACAAUUCCUGCGGUAUUUACAUGAGCGCAUCUAAAGUUUAUGCAUUUAAGCGAUCUAUUACUGAGCACUCCGAUACCGUUUCUAAGUUACUUCUUUCGAGCAAAGAUUCUCUUGAAAGGAAGACGCAUAUUGAAUCCGCCUUUAGGGCCUGUCGCGAGGCUUUCUCUGAACUCUCUGCGGCUUAUCUGGCAUUGUUAGANAAAGAUAAUAAUGCUCCUACUGUCACGGUAGAAUCUGUUAAAGAAAUGAUCACCGACGCUAUUUCAAAGGUGCGUGCGGAUACUCUUUUGCACCGAUCUGCUGGUCUCAUGGCCGAGGAGGGGUCAGCUCCCGCUUUCUCUUAUGCCUCGGCGGUAAAAUCUUCUAAUUCUACCGUCUGUGUCUCCCGUGGUCCUACCGUUGCUGUUACAAAAUCCACAGAUAUUCUUAUUGUCCCGAACAAUGAUCUUGGACAUAAAUAUGCCACUUCUAGCGAGACAAAGGAAGCUCUCAAAAAGAUCAUCAAGCCGGCUAACUUUAAUUUGAAAGUCAACAAAAUUACGUCUGCGCGAAACAAUGGUGUCCGCAUAGAGGCUGCGGCGGUCGACUUGUCGAAGUUUAAGGAUUCUACUGAACUUGCCAAUGCUGGUCUCAAAGUCGAACGGAUUUCUAAGUCCAAUCCUAGACUCAUCGUUCACGGAAUACCCGUUGGUCUUACUAAAGAGGAUAUCAGAUCUGACAUUGUUGACUUGAACCUAAAUGCGCAUGACGCUUCUGAUAUUAAGGUUAUCUACAUCUUUCCUCCUAGAGCCAAUCGUGUUACAACCAGCUGCAUUAUUGAGGUAUCUUCGAGUACACGUGCCCUGUUGCGGCAGGGACAUCAUAUCUAUAUCAAUUUCUCUUCGUGUGCUUUUGAGGAUUACGUGCGAGUACUUCAGUGUUACAACUGUCUCGCUUUUGGACAUCUCGCCAAGAAUUGUAAGAGCCCUUCUCUGUGUGGUCAUUGCGCUGGCGAUCACGAGAUGAGGAAUUGUUCUGCGAGAGGGAAGGCAGCCACCUGCGGAAACUGUAAAAGAUGGCUACAUAGUGAAUCCACACACUCUGCGCUCGACGGCAAGAAUUGUCCUAUAUUAAUGAAGAGACUACAAGAUAAGAUAAAAGAUAUUGACUACGAACAACAUUAA